ACUAAAAUGACAUAUUAGGUCGACCUAAUCCUAUAUAAGGUCGACCUAAAAGUGCAUAUUAGGUUGACCUAAUCCUAUAUGAGGUCGACCUAAAAGUGCAAGUUACGGUGACAUGUAUGUCACCGUAGCAAAUUCCUUUAUAUCAUCAUCAUCAUCAUCAUCAUAUUGUUUAAAAUUUGUAUCCCCCCCCCCCCCCCCGGGAUUCAGAAUCCUGGCUUCGCUCCUGGCAAGCAUGCCGGCUUCAACAGAUGGUGGUCCACCGAAGAAGAAAAAGAAAAAAGGAAUGACUAUCGAAGAACGCCUUACCGAUGUGACUAGAGAAAUGAGAGAUCUUCGCCCUUUGAUUAAACAAUCUGUGGAUACAAUUGCUAGAGAACUUGGAGAGAGUGAUGAUAUCAUAAGCACGCGAGAUAAUCUCUUUGAGAGCUUGGAGCAACUUAGAGGGCUGGACCGAGAAGAGAUCAUUGAUGCAGUGACAGUCCUAUCGAACAAUGAUCGACACUUGAUGAUGUUCUACAAGAUACAAGACGUUUUGGACAAGCUGAUGUUUGUGAAAAGGUUGAUUGGUUGAAUGUAGGGAGAAGAGUUAGUAAUCCCAACUUGUAUAUAAGCUUUUUUGGGGGUUAUUAGUGCUUGGUCUUUGUGAUGUCAACUCGAACAUGGUGUUUUUAAGUGAUUAGUAGGGGUUGCUGUGAUCCCAUCUCGGACAUGAAGCCUUUUUUGGGGAUUACUUACUCUUCUUUUAGGCAUGUCAUAACAUUUUUCUUAGCUUGAAGUUGUACUGCAUUUGAUAUUUUAUGUUCUAAACUCUGCAAUUGGAUAUGAUUUGAAUCUGUCUACAAUUAUAUUCUACAGAACCAACCGUUGAUGUUAUAUGAUUUCAAUCAGUCUGCAAUUUUAUGAUUUCAAUCAGUCCGCAAUCACAUUCUGCAGAACCUACUGCAUAUGACUUCAAUUAGUCUGCAAUUACAUUAUGCAGAACCAACCUUUCAUGUUAUAUGAUUUCAAUCAAUCUUCAAUUUUAUGAUUUCAAUCAGUCUGCAAUCACAUUCUGCAGAACCUACUGUAUAUGAUUUCAAUUAGUCUGCAACUACAUUCUAGCUUCAACAAACUCUGCAUAUUUAUUCAUGUUUCAAUUUUUUCAAUCCUUACAUUAGCAAUCCUAUUACGACAGCCGCACACAACAUGUUGUGUGCAAACAAGCUUACAUUCCCCAUACAACCAUAUCCAUCCUAACACAACAACCAAGCAAUCCUAACACAACAUGCUCACACAACCAGAACCAUCCUAACACAACAACCUUGAUCAAAUAGGAUUACAUUCUGAAUAACCUAUCUCAACCCAAGUGUCCCUUCAACACGAGCCAUUCUGAAUAACCUAUCUCACAACAUAUUUGGAGAUGGCGGAUGAAGAACGACGCCCUACCGACAAUGAUGUUGUGACCGACGAAUGGCGGCAGUUGCUAUCCUCCAGAGCGCAACAAAGGAAAGGAUCGACAAUGGUGAGAAGAAACCCCAGCAGUGCGCGACCAAAUUUGGGAUCUUGUACAAAUAAAUAGAGAAGGUGAAUUAUGUAAUUGUGCAUUCUCAUUUUAUAAAUGCCACAUCUGUUCCCAAACGUGUGAUUUUCCUAAAAUUUCACACAAAUUUUAUAAAUUAAAAACCUAGGUUUUUAAACCAGUAAUUUGAGCCAAAAGCCACAAAUUAAAAACCUGGAUGCAAAUGACCUCAUUUGUUUUCUGUUCUCUAUUUGUGAUAAAGGUACUUAAUAUAACUCAUAGACGAGAUCCAAAUCUAUGCUUGGUCGAAGUACUAUAUAAGUAGUUUACAUAGUGCAUAAGAACUAUUUCAUGUGAUGGAUAAUGAAAUCCAUAAAUAGGCGAAAGAUUACUAGAUCCACAGAGCUUAAUCGACCCACAAAUCAUAUUGCAACAUUAUUCCAUAAGUGACUAUUACUUAGUGAUCUAAUAGCGGUUAUAAGUGUACUAGAUUUCAAGACUUUUGUUUUUUUAGACAGCUCAUUUCAAAGAGAAUGGAGUGGGAAUAAAUGUAAUCUUUACGG